CGCGAUUUUAAAACACAUUUUAAGCUUCACACACACUCAGUUACAUAGGCUACGAACAUAUUGUUCAAUGUUUAACUACGUUAUAAUUAUUCGAACGUUUUAUUAUUCAAAUGUGUUAGAAAAUUCAAUUGUGAUCACCUGUACAAAUGUUGCAGUUUGAGCAGAACGAACACUUUUUUUAUGCUUUAUAAAACACACACGCACGCGCACGCACACACACACACACACACACACAUUUUACAAAUAUUUCUAAAAAUCCCAAAACAAAAACGCGUUUCUUUUGAUCUCAUCCGUGUAGAAAGUUCACAAUACACUUUAUACUUUAAUAUAUGUUGUAGUCUACUAGGUGUAUUGUGUGUGUGACUAGCUUUCCAGGGAAGUCUUCAACAAGUCUUCAAAGAGCUUUUUUCAGAUCGUUGAACAUUUUUUUAAUUAUUAUUUACAUUUUAAAUACACAGAGAGGUAUAAUUUCAGCAAUAAACCGAGCCGGUGAACGUCAAAUUGCCAAUAGGUUUAUAAACACGUUUAAAUCGGUUUAUAACACGAUCAGGUCUUCUAAGAAGCUGUCAAGAAAUACAGAAUUAGUGAUACAUCCGCAACAGAGUUAUUUUGCUCACAUUGACUUUGUCAUAUAAAAAAUACAAUUAACUGUGGUAUUUCUUUGGAAUAAAGACAGACGUCUUUUUGAUGUAGAAAACUUCGCAAAGUUGCAUUUUUGUGUGGUAACGCUUGCAGAGAGCGCGACGAUAUUGGCCAACAUGCUACAAUUGCCGAAGUCAUCAGUGGGCUGUACCACAAAAGAAUAUGGCCAAGUUGGUUUAGCAAGGUUUUAUCCCGAGAACGAAGUUUUGCAUUUUACGAAUUCUUGCGAGAUGUGAAGGUCGUAUUACCCGACACAAGAAACAGUCCGCACUGAAGGUGAAGAGCGUGCUUUAAAAAGUUGAGCUCCUCUUUGUUACGUUAAAUACGAGAUGUUUAGGCUCAAUUAAAGAUAGUUAUAAAACCGUGUGGAUAUUAAGACAUGUUAAACUCUUCCCUGAAACUGAUGGAUUCAUCUCAUUGUUUCUGACGCCUUUGAGCAGGCCUGCCUCAUCAGACACAUCCAGGACGAGGAAGACGCUGAGAACCUGACCCUGUAACAAUUUAAAAACGCCUGACGUUAUUAACCGACGUUAUAUUUAUAACUCGUCUUCCUAAAUAUACAUAUGCAAAAUACGCGUGCUAAGAUGCAUCUCCAAGACCGUACGCAAAGGUGUUCGCUUCAUAAACGGGAAUACGUUACAUUAAAUGAUUACGUUGUUUUACAUUAUGUUUUUCUGUGCUCACAUACAGCGAACGGACGUCUCGCAAACUCCAGUAAAAGAAAUAGGCUACUUGAAACUUGCAUGAUCGCUUCUUUUUUUUCUUAUCUUUUUUUUUUUAGAGGUUCACAUGCUACAUUUUAACCAGCUCGAUAUGUGGCAUGUUCCAGGCUAUUCUCUUAUCCACAGCACAGGGGCCUGCUUUUACGCGAGGAAAUGCCAUGCGAAUAAAUUACGAUACAGGAUUAACGCGCAGCUUUUCGAUGCACGCGUUUUUAGAUUACGUUUCCUUUUCCCUGGCAGCUCCGAAGGAGAGCAGAGGUUCUUGAUUACGUACUAUGAAUUAAUGCACCGGUUUUACAGGGUGUUGUUAAACGCCUUUUAAAACGGCUAGAUUGUAAUUGAAGCGCAUAGCCUUUUCCUGACGUUAUUAACAUUUUAGCGGUUUUAGAGAUCCUACAGCGCAACAAUUUUAUCUUAUUUCGCAACAUGCCUUGUUUACCCGUGGUUAGGGGCGUUGUUAUAAACUUAGCGCGAAGCUAAGUAUGGGCUAAACUCACAAAAAAAAAUCGAGAUGGAAAUUUUUAUUAUUUUUUUUAGCGAGCUCUUAAGUGCGCGUAAUGAUUUUGCACAUUUUACCAUCGCGCUUUUGCUUCAGGCACGACAGCAUCAUAUGCUCAACUCGUUCUUGCAUUUUAGGGGCAACUAUUUAAUGGGCGCAGCAAGUGCUGAAAUCGCUGUUAUAUUGCGUUACGGCGCGUUGAUGGUCCAAGGCAUUUUCCACAGACAGCGAAAUCCUCCCUGAAACACUGGCGAGCACGAUUCACAAUUUCUGUAGCAAAAUGUUGCAGAAGGGGUGAAAACGGACGGGCGUGUAUCUGAAUAAAGUGAUAAAAGCACAAAAAAAAGGAUCUGUUUAUUUGUGUGUGUGAAAUGAACGACUGGAUUGAACGCUACAGCGGAGUCGUUCACGGUCCUCGCCACAGGCAGUAUAUCAGGCCUAUAAAAAUCAAAGCUGCCUGAUGUAGUAUUUUAUUAUAGUAUUAAACGACCAAAAAAGUUCAAGUAGUUUCUUCCAUAAAUACAAGGGGAUUGUCGCACGGUGGUGUUUAAUACCCUCGUUAACAAAAAAUGACUGUUAAUUUCCCAAUAAAGCUGUUCAUUAUCUCAACGUACUCCUGUUACUCCGAGAAGGAAGAGGUUUGCAUCCUCGGAGGUUUAGAUGUUUAAACACGUGGGGGGAUAAAAUAUUUUAGUGAAAAAUCGGUCGAGUAAACUUUAUAAGCAGACGUCACCGCCUUAAUUCGGCUUUUGCGGUGUCUUUCAAAUUCCCGUUAAAUAUCUCGAUAAAUUGCCUUAUAUUAAAUAGUUAUUGUCAUAUAUUUUAUCAAGCAAAUACGAUCAAGCUCCGAUUUAGUGCUUAUGCUGUAGAUCACAAUAUAACGCCACAUCAAUUCAUAGACAAAAAUGUUCUCUCGCUUAUUACUGUGGGCCGUUGCCCCGCACAUGCAUUUUUUUUUAUAUAUAAUGUCAAAACGUUUCAUAAUUUAAGCUGACAUUUUCCCGACUGCUUGUAGAUAUCUAGAGAUAUAUGGACACUCUCCCGUUUUGCAUAUUGCAUAAACAAGACAAUUUAUUUAGAUGGGAAAUAUAGAGAGCGCGAGAGGAGGAGAGCUCCGUACAGCCUCUUGGCGGAUUGAUUUACACCCCAUUGACGCUUUAUCAGGCUCGCGAAAAAAGUCUGACCAAUCACUUCGCUCGAAGCGCACGCCACAGCAGCCCGGCUCUACUUCGUUGGCGAGCGAGUAGAGAGGAGUACCGUAAAGAGGGGAGUAAAGCACAUUUCUAUUGUACAUGUUUUCCCUUUAAUGAACAGUGCGUUAUAUAAUGUCCGAGAAUGUCCAUUUCUGGAACUCUAAGCAACUACUAUGUCGAUUCCAUCAUAAGUCAUGAGGGAGAAGAUCCGAACGCGUCCCGCUUCUCCAAUGUACAGUACUCCAGCGCCAGGCAACCGGGACCCGGCGAGCAUCCCGAGUUCCCCUCUUGUAGCUUCCAGCCCAAGCCUCCAGUGUUCAGUUCGUCGUGGAGUCCGUUCAGUUCCCACGCGUCCAACGGCUUACCCGCGGUCUACCAUCCGUACAUACCGACGCAGCCCGUGCCUUCGACGGAUACUCGAUACCUCCGCACAUGGCUCGACUGUGCUCCGAGAGCGGAGCCUCUGCCUGGGCAGGGACAGGUCAAGAUGGAGCCGCUCCUGGGACAUCUCGGGGAACCACCGAAACUAGUUGGGCAGCACGAGUAUAUCUUGGAGUCCUCUACGGCACGGGAGAUGAAUUCUAGUCACAGCGCCGGGUUUGAAGACAAUAAGGACAUAUGCGAAGGCAGCGAGGACAAAGAGGGACCGGAUCAAAACGACCCAUCUGCAAACUGGUUACACGCCCGAUCGUCCCGGAAGAAGCGAUGUCCGUACACGAAAUAUCAGACCCUGGAGCUAGAAAAGGAAUUUCUGUUCAACAUGUACCUCACCCGAGACCGGAGACACGAGGUAGCUCGCCUGCUGAACUUGACAGAGCGACAAGUAAAAAUAUGGUUCCAAAACAGAAGGAUGAAAAUGAAGAAAAUGAAUAAGGACCAGCCCAAAGAAUAAUAACGCUGACUGGUGCCGGGCGUCCGAGCCUUUUCAAUCUGGAAGCUGAUGCGAGAUGGUUUUACUGCAUCGAGACGAAAACGCACACGCGCGCUCACACGCCAUUUUCCGCAUGACUGGACAGUGUUAAGCAUAUAGGGUGUAAGGGAGAGGUGAGACGAUGCAGGAGAGCCGUCUCUCCCUUCAUUUACUGCAUUUUAUGACUUGUGCGAAAGACACACUUCAUCGGGAAAUAAACAGGUGACGAGGGACUGCUUCGACGGGCGAGGAACAGCUCAAAUGUUGUGCUUUUUAUAAAGUUGUUCUGCGUUUUUCAUCAUUCCUUUUGUCCCAGACAAAUGUAUCCAACAAAACACAAGCCUCGUUCGAUAUACGAGGGAAGCUUUGCUUAUCUGUAAAGCAUGGUCACGUGAGCUCUCUCUUAAAAAUGAUCAUCAUCAUCACCGCCAUCAUCAUCAUUAUUAUAAGAGUGGAAUAAAACAGCCUUUAGUUCGUCGUGUCUACACCAUUUAUGAAGCUGUUCAAAAACCUUUUGAAGUUUACGAUAUUAUAAAGUAGCUCCUUUUGACAUUUUAGCCGCGCGCGGAGAGCCGCGGUAACGCGCACUUGCAAAAUGCAUUGUUUAAUUCAAACGUUUUAAUAAUAAUAGCGAUUUCUAAUUCUGCUUUCAGACUUUCUUUAGGCUGUAGCUACUACUGUAGUUUCGUUCAAACAGUGUUCGCAUCACUUCGGGUCAAAACCAAGAAUCAAGCCGAAGUCAUCAAACGAGUUGUUUACCUAACGCUUAUUUCUUUCUUUCUUUGCGCGCGCGCGAUGGUUUUGAGAAUUAGAGCGCAGGUCCCGAGUGUAUGUAUUCGUAGCGUGUCAGUAACCAUAGGAUUCGUGCUUAAACCUAUAACAACCUUUAAUACAGAUUCGGUCGCAGCUGUUUACAUAAAUUUGCGCAUGCCUCGUAUUGUGUAGUUUUCUUAUGUACGUGUUAUUGAAGAAAAAAAAAAAAGAAGGUAGUAUUAAUUCGAAGCUGUUUUAUGUACGGUCUGAGGAUUGUUAUUUUAAUUUAUUGUAAAUACGUUAAUAUUUUUCUUUCUUUUAAAUUGAAUGUUUUAUAUGUUGUAAAAAGAACUUCAAAAAAAAUUAAUUCAUACUUGAAUGAGCUGAUACACGUAACCUUUUUAUUUUACCCAUUUUGUUUACACGCUCCAUUCGUAUGUCCAGAAUCGUGUCCCUUGUCAGUGAUGUUUUCUCUGUGUUUGCUCGUAUCUCCAUAUAACUUUUGUUGGUUUAGAGAUCUAUUUUACGUGAUUUGAUUUAACAGAGAUUCAGCGCGGCUGUCUUUAAACGCCAGUCAGCUACUCCUUAAAUUGUAAGAUACACCAGUUUCACACUUUCUUUAACGGACACACUCUCUCACACACACACACACACACACACUUUUUGUGCUAGUUUCUAACCCGCUUGUCUCAUGUGCAUUAUUAAAAGAUAACAUCACCGGACUUUAAACCAUAACGUGAGAUCUAAAUAGUUUUUGUACACGACUGUUCUGUCUCCUUCUGUUAAUGUUUUGUGUUGUUGAUCUGUGCUGUUGCACUGUUGAUGCUGGACUCAUUAAAAGUUUACACGUAGACCA